AUGCAUACAUCCGGACAGCAAAGGUUUUUCCCAGAAGGUUGGGCAAUGAGAGUAAAUAUACAUGGAAAAACAAAUGAUAUUGUUACUUCGUCCAACCCUAGCAAAGUAAAUGAUGUUUCUGAGAUUUUCAGUGAGUACAAUAACUCAAAACGAUGUACUCAGGCAGUUGAUCGAAUAAUUGAAAGUAUUCAACAAAGGCGAAGAAUAACCCAGAGGACUGGAAAUAAUCAAGACAAACCGAUCACAUACAACCACGCUCAACCAACGUUUUCGAAUUCUCAAUCUUGUCACCAUAGAUUACCAAGUGAAUUUGUUCAACGGUCACGUGUUCAACAAAUAAUCGAUGAUUUUCUUCACAAAGCCAGAAAACGAGGACUAGGUGGCCGAACGUCUAAAGAAAGAAACAACCCUCCAGAGGAAAUCCAGUGUUAUCCAGUUAGUCGUCAAUCAUAUAAGCCUAGAGAGGGGAAAGAAAUCAGUCUUAGGAUUUAUUCACCAGGUUUUAGUAUUCGAUCGGACUCACCAGAUUUAUUUGAUAUACAAAGAAAUAAAGUCAAUUCAGAAAAUGAUCUAAAACAACCAGUGAAUACAAUUGAUAAAGAAACAAGUUUUGGAUUGUUUGAUCAUCUUCAUGAAAUCCAUUUUCCGAAGUCAGAUUACGACGAAAUAAUUCAGCCUUCUGACUCGUAUUUUUCCCAGUACUCCCGAAAAAUGCAACAAUCUCCUAGAAUGGUAGAAUUCCCAUUAUUUCCAAAUAAUAACUCAACCAAUAAUUUCUCAGUUAUCAACAACAGAAGUGCCCAUGCCAUGGAAAGCAAAAUUAUACCUACAAAUGUAUAUCAUAAUAGACCGCGUAUUUUAUCCCAAAAUCAAUUUAAUCAAUAUGAAGAGCAAGAACUUAGAUCUUAUGAUAUUGGAUUGUGUAAAAACUGUCAAAUGCUGUACAGUAAACAGACAAAUACAAACCUUCAAAUUGAUAAUAUUUUAAAUUUUAGUCCAAAUUUUUUUCAAAACACUCAGAAAUCUAAUUCUACCAACAAGUCUUCAAAAGAUAAUUGGAAGUUUAAUUUCGCUAGUCAACCAUAUAAUGUAAAUAAUUUAAAUUUUUAUCCAAUAGAAACGAACAGAGAUGAAUUUCAGGAUUUUUUAGAUGACUGUAAAUCCAGACAUUGUAUGACAACAGACUUUGAACAAUUCAGUGGACACAAUAAUUGCUGUAUGAAUAAUUAUUUCGAAAAUUUAGAGAGUGAUCAAGUUUUUCAACAUAAUUUUCAUAAAUUGACAAGUAAAUUUAAAAAAGCUCAUGCUCAUACACUCAAACAUCAUGAGUCUUCAGCAGAGUUUAAAUUAGUGUUUCCUUUCAAAGUAAUCAAUACUGAAUGUAAUAAGUUAAAUGAAACUUAUAUAUGUAAUCAAGAUAAUCAAAAUCGGGAUAUUGUCAAACAUUUCCCAAACGAACAAAAGAAUGACUUUAUUUACAAUAAAAACGUUAACGCUCUUAAGCACGUAGAUUAUUCAAAGAGUGAUCUAAAUUUGGAACAAGAAGAAAAGAUUCAUUUAUUAGGUUUAUCCUAUUUACCUGAUAAAAUAAACAAUCUAAAAUCUGCUAAGACAUCAACAGUAUCAACUCAAACAUAUUCAACAGUUGAAGGAUGUGAAGAUACAUUUUGUAUCCCAUAUAGAAAACAAAAUUCUAACAUGGAAAAGACAUAUUGCACAAAAUGUCUAAAUGGUUCAAAGUUUAAACGUGAGACUCCACCAACAGAGAAAACAAACACUCAUGAUGAGUCGAUUAUUACGAGUGACUUCAUCACUAAACAACUGCCGAUACUAUCAUCUACGAAAAACCACAUUUACAAACCACUAGCUACAUCGACACCCUCUGGUGGAGGGGCGGUUGAUGACAAUAAAAAAAUUGAUGAGAAUAGAUCUACAAUGAAAACUAAACAAUUAACAGAUGCUUAUUACAGUUUUCAGAUACCUAGAAAAAUUACAAGAGAUAUAUCUUCUGACACCAUUAUGAACAAUACGGAUGAAAGUGAAUCAUUCCUAAUUUUAAAUUUAUUAAAAUCAGCAGGUAGAAGUAUCUCAUUUGAAAAUAUUGAUUAUAUUAAUAAUGAAGAAUAA